GCGACUCCCUCUAGAAUGGUCUGGAUUGGCAGUGACAGCAAAGAGCUCCAGGACAGAGGAAACAUGAGCAAAAAGGCUGCAACCAUAGCCUCCACCGAGCUGAUGAUUCUGCUGGAAGAUGAAGUCUUUGUAGAUUUUUUCAACACAUUCCUCAAUCUCCCCGUCUUUGGUCAGACACCCAUUUACAUGGCCCACAUUUGCCAGUGGUUCCUGUGGCCAGAGCUACCAUGCUAUCUGGUGCCAAAGUACAAAGGCUUGAUGACUUGGAUGGAAAAGUACCGACUGACGCACUUCUGUAAAACCAACCUGUGUCUUCACUACAUUCUCUGUCAGGAGCUUCUCAGCUUCAUUAGAUCCAAGGAGGCAGCUCAGAUGCUGAAAUGGACGAGGGCAGAUCAGUGGCUGCUCGAAAAGUGCAUUAGCGGCAGCAGGGGAAUGUGGCGCUUUCGUUCCUUCAUCCAAGGAAUGGCAGGUGACUGCAGAGAGCUUCCUUCCUACUGCCCCCAUGUAUCCAUCUGUGCCAAGUGGCCAGCUCUGCAGCUGGAUAUUGGGAUAGGGAACGGGGAAGAGCUGACAAAGUUCUGGAUUGCUGCAGAAAGGCUCUUGGAGAUUGACGAGUCAGAUGUGACCCAGCGAGAUCUCUACCUGUCUCUGCUCCACGUGUUGAAGGCCACCCAUUUGCAGGAGGGCUCCACAGUGGUCACCCUGUGCAGCAUGACCAUUGAGUCGCUGCUGAAGCUCUCCGGCUGGCACCCUCAGCACAACAGCACCAGGCGGGAGAUCCUGAGCGAGAUGCAGAAAGUGGCCCUGUUUAAGAUCCAAAGUUACUGGCUCCCCCACUUUUACAUUCAUUGCAAGCUGAACCUCGAGAAGGUGGAGGUGUGCCAGCCGCUGCUGCAGGAGUACCAUGAGCGUGCGUUGCAGGAGGGCUCGCAGGAGAAGAUAGCAUCCCCAGCACCCACCAUGAGUAUCAGGCACAGCCGGGCUACGUCAGAGCCGUACUCCAGCAGGAGAGCCAAGGAGCGGGUCUGGGAUCUCGUAACAUGCAGCAGACAAGCUAAAGAAACAGAGAAACCCGGGAGACACGGGCCAGCGCCAGAGGGCCAGCCAGGCUCAGACUGGAGUGCAGAUAAUCUGGCAGCCACGAAGCAACCCCCUCCUACCGAGGAGUCCCUAGGAAAGACGUCAGGGCCUCCAGACAGGGGUGGUAGAGGCAUGGGGAAAGAAGAGGCUACUGCUUUCAAACCCCCCAGCCCUCACGCCCAGUUGCCUCUUCAACUGGAGGAGAUUGGCAAAAAGAAAAGCCUCUCGGAUCUACACCCUCCGACCCCCAUUGCCCAGAUGCCUUCAUUGCUAGCCCUGAAGAAGAUCAUCCAGUCCGCUUCUUCUUUAGAUUUCCUCCCCUGGGCGCUUACUGCCGACAGCUACGCCGGCCGCCCCUUCAGGGAGUUCUUGAGGAGCAAGAACUAUGCUGUGGAGACCCAUCUGCUGGACCUGUGGCACGACCUGGAGGAUUUCCUGCGCAUGGUGCUGAGCUCCAGCAAGGGAGACAGUUUCCUCCUGCGCCAUUUGAUGGGUGAAAGGAUUUGUGAGAUCUACCUCGCAGAGAGCCACCGCCAGCACCUUCCCCUGAGGCCGAGCACUCUCAGGAACCUGCAAGACCUUCUGCCUUCUGGAGAGGUCAUUCCUUGGAUAUUAAAAGCACAGGAAGAGAUUUGCAAGGUUCUCAGCUUCUUCUACGAGGAUUUUCUUGCUCAUGAUGAUGAAACGUUCCUUCGUUUUGUGUCUCAGAAAAGCAAAGUCCAGAAGCCUGUGGAAGAGAAGGAGACUUAUGAAAAAGACGAACACCUGCUGCUGGCCAAGAGGAUCAAUGAAUCCCUGAUUCUGAGCCAAGCCUUAUAUGGAGUGAGGGACUUGGAGGCACUCUCUGAAGAGCACUGGAGAUUCAUAGCCACUCAGGAUCUUACGAAAGGGGGGUCGAUCCAGAUUGAACUGGAGCCUGUUGUGCGCAGGAUAGACUACAGGAGAAUGACAUUUGAGGAGCUGACCCUCAGGAAUCCUUCAAUGGCUGUACAGAUGUUGAGUGAGGACUACGAGUACUUCUGCCGCAUGUUUCCUUCCCUGGCCUUUGAUCUUGAAGGCGAAAAGAGGAAGCCCGUUUGCCUGAGCAAGAUAAGUCUGGCCUGGUUGAGGAGGGAUACCCUCAUGUUAAGGAAACCCUCAAUAAGACCCAGGUAUCUCAUAGAAGUGCUGCACAAUCCUGUCCACCUGGCGUUCUUCAGGCAGUUCCUCAAGGAACAUAAUGCCGAAGCCCCUCUGCUCUUCUGGAUGGCGGUGGAAAAGCUCAAUGCUGAGUCCAAUUUCAAGAACCAAAGAUCUUUGAUCAACAGCAUCACCAAGAAUUUCUUCCAUAAUGAAGUGCCCGCCGAGGAACUGCUACACUGCCGAGCUCCCAUCAUCAGAGAUAUAGCCCGGGUCGGCCUGGUCUCCAGCUCCAUGCUCUUCGCAGCGCAGAGCUUUAUCCUGAAGGUCAUGGAAGAGAAAUGGUUUAAGAUGUACCAAAGCUUGUAUCCUGGGAGUGAGGUUUUCGACCCUCACGCGGUCCCGAGACAGGGGAGGGGAUCCUUCAUAAAGGACAAGCUGAAGAGAGUGUGGUUGGUGCUCCAGGCCUUCAUCAGGAGCAUCUGCAAGUUCCAGAGGGAGAUGCGCCACUGGCAAGCCCGCAAGAACUUCGAGGACUUUCUCCGGAGGGAGCUCUUCAAUCGAAAGGAAAACUUGCCCAGUAGCUCCUUGCGCAGUAACAUCGCCAUGGGCAGCCCCCGCCAGGCCGUGCCGGCUGUCAGCCUGGUAGAGGACGUGGAGGUGAUACUGGUGAAGCGCCGGUUGCAUAACCAGCGGCUAAUUACUGUCAACUUCCUGGUCAACGACCUCUGUUUCUUCCUGGAGAUUGAUAAGUUUUGUCGCCUGGCUGAUUCGGCCGCAGUGCUCGCGGCCUGCGGGAUGUACACCGAGAGGGACAUUGCCUUUCUGAAGACCAAAGUGGCCACCAUCACCAAACUCUUCCUGAAUUCUGAAGUCCCUCCUAAACUGCGGGUGAACAUUUCUGAGGGACAGAAAGAUUCCAUCCGGAAUUUAGUUUCCAAAGGAGUCCUGGAUCGCAGCCUGUAUCACGUGGCUUUGCUCAACGUCUUCCCCGUUCUGAUGCACUUCUGGAAAAGAUACUGUAACUGGAAGGCGACGGCGUUCCUCCGCAGACACCCAAAGAUCACAAAAUCUCUCCCUAAACUCCCUUCUAAGGAAUUGCCAAAGGCACCCGGUAUCUUCAGUGGGGAGGACCACCCGAUCAUUAGGUUCACGCUGCUCAAGGGGAUCCAGCUGCUGCUACCUCAGCCUCGGGAGGAAGGGGAGUCUUCCGCAGAGCAAAAGUCUUCAUCUGGAAGCCUCAUCUGGAAAAAGCCCCUGUCAGGCAUCUGCGUGACCCAACAGAUCGGGCAACAGCUUCUGGAGGUUCCUAAAAAGUCACCCUAAUCCACCCCCGUGUUUGUGUGAGAGCAGCGGACACUCCCUCUCCCCCGGCAGGCUGGCUCUGAAGGUGCGGCAGGGAUGCAGAGACAGCAGGAAGCCCCGUGCUUGGACGUUGCAAUGGGUGAAAAGUUCUUGAGAUUCAAGCAAAUCGGGCAGCACGCACAAAGUAACUUUCUGCUCCGCAGAGAAUAAAAAGUUCUGUUCACUAGACGUAUCCUAGUGCCCUUCUGUCUGCCUCUCUCCACCAAUAGCAGGGCAGCCUCCUGUGCCUUCAGGCCAACCACACCACAUGGGGCUGUGAAUCCCAGCUCCUGUUCUCACUCUUCCCCUUUGGAGAUGCUAGAGACCUUCUGGGCCUAAAACAUUUACACCAGAGGGGUGGGAGGAAGUUACAGCCUGGGGGCCAAACUGGCCAGUUGGACCUUUUAAUCCAGCCCUUGAGAUCCAUCCAGAGCACGGGGGCAGGUGCUUGCCUUGCUGCACAUGCAGCGUCUGUGCAGCUCCCAGAAGCAGAGGCAGCCAGGGGACUCCACACAAUUCCCAUUCCUGAAAUGCCAGCCCUACAGCUCC